AUGAGAGAUUCAGCUGGGUUCCAGGUGGAGGAAAGGUCUGAACGAACCAAUACCUGUGUGUGCAUUUUUGGCUGUGCCUUUGCUUUGAAAGAUGAUUAUGCAUUACAGCGACUGAAAGAUGAGGCCGUUUGGUGCUGCACAUUCAAUUACCUGAAAACAUCCCAAACGAGAGAUUUAGCUGGGUUCCAGGGUAAUGACUUUGCAGUUUAUCUCUUUGCCGCGGCCUCCACGAGAAAUGCGGACGUUGGGCCCGUUAAUGCUAGGGGCAGGAGAUGGUAA